AUGGCGAUGAUGAUGACUUGCCGUGUGCUGCUGGUGUGUGCCCUCUGCGUGCUGUGGUGCGGUGUCGGCGGUGUCUGUACUGAAGAGGAGGAGACAGCAGGUCGUGGGAGUGGUGCUGAUCUUCCGCUGGAAUCAAAAGAAAUUGUAAUUUCUCCAGAAGGACCCCAAGGCUUACAAGGUGGAGCGCCAGGUGGAGAAGAAAAUUUAACUCCCGUAGUUAUACAGGAAGCUGAUGAUGAUGAUGAUGAUGAAGAGACAAAAGCGGAAAAAGAAAAAAGUAAUGAAAUGCAGAGUGUUCAAGAAGUAGCAAUUGCACCAGGCCCAGAUUCCAGGGAAAAGAAUUUAAGUGGGAGUGAUCAGGAAAUGCACCAGGCAAUUAUAUCUGCAGAGGACAUUUCUCCUUCCAGCAGUCAGGAAUCAAAAACCAAUCCUACGCAAACGGAAUUUGAAAAAAAGACCACCGACGAAAAUACACCUGCAGCAGGGAACGCACUCACAACAGUUAAUGGAGAGCAAACACUGCCUGCGGAAGGAAAUCUUCCAUCACCUCCAGAAGACAGUGUUGAUUCCCGCAAGCAGGAUGGCGAAGACACCACGAGUGAAGAUAAAAAAAAUGUUCCGUCGCCUGAGACCGCGGCCACACCACAAAGCCACCGAGACAAAGGCUCAGAAGGGACUGGGGAAGAUACAAAAGCAACGACAGUAACCGCCAACACAACUGAUACGACGAACACACAAAACAGUGACGGCAGCACCGCGGCCUCCCACACCACCCCCCCUCUUUUGCUUCUUCUUGUUGUUGCGUGUGCGGCUGCUGCUGCGGUGGUGGCCGCGUGA